CAGAUGUUUAAACCUUCGGAGACUCGGCACGCCGAUGCUGACUUUUAUCGUGCGGCAAAUCCAGAAGCUUUCAUUAGCCAUGGCUUGAGUCGGCCGUUCCAACGCUUUUGCUUCGUUCAUCUGCCUGAAGAGAUUCUUCCUACGUACUUUUUCUUGGUCGACGCAGGAAUUUUGCAAACGACAUGCCCUCCUCGGGUCGCGGUUGCUUCUCCAUGUCCGAGUGAUCCGAACGAGCGCAGACCGACCUCACGUCCCCAAGUUCUUUUUUCACUGACUCCGACGCGAGCCUCAACCUUCACUUCCGACCUCAGUGCUAGAGACCAAGUUCCACGGCAGCGAUGCCUCUACUCGAUUUCCCGCCUGGCGACAACGCCACGGAUACCAUUAUCAAUGGCGUUCACUUCAAUUUGACCACUCUCCGGGAUUGGAACUAUCAGUACUACAGCAACCAGACCGUCUCCAAUGGCACUUGGGACUGGUGCAUGAUUAUGGCCGAGCCGUGGACACCCACGCGCAUCCUCGCCAACGGCACCUUUAUGAACUCGACGUGGUGCUAUACUCCGACGCACCCCAUGGGUCCUCGGGCUAGCGUGGGAAUGGCCUUCGCCGUAGUCUUCGGCAUCGGCAUCGUUCUCAGCUUGGUCAACCUCGACCGCCACGGCCGCCUGCACUUGCCCAUCGAGAAACGAUUCUACCCUGUCGGCAGGCGAUGGCAGUGGUACUUCUCAAUCAUUGCGUGCGCCUUGGCCGUGGCUGGGCUCAUUUCCAACGUAGACGUCGAUCGCAUGUUCCUGCCCGAGCUUCCCGUCGUCUUCGUCAGCUUCUUCUGGUACCUGAUACAAAUGGCCGCCAUGGCCAUCGUCUGGGAGUCGGUCCGUCAUUGGGGAAGCUGGAUGGAGCGUCAGUUCAUCGAUGCCGACCCUUUCUCCUUGCCUGAGGAUGGUCGGCGUUACAGAUUUGAGCUCCUGAUCCCGCUCGUCUUCUACGCCUUCCUCUUCCUCAACUUCUUUCUCGUAUUUCCUAGAAACUGGGGUCCAAUUCAGUUACAAAGAUCCCCCGAACAGACGCUGCUCGAAGCUAUCCCGGCGGCUACGGAGCUCCGACUGAAAUUGGGGUCGUUUGCACUGUUCUUUGCCUGGAUCAUCGUUCUGAUUUCUCUACGACAUACGAUCAAUGAGUACUUGCCUCGUAACCGGGGGCUGCUGAACCGAUCUAUAGGGAUCAUCAAGCUGACGCCGCUCCGUCUUCACUUGUUGAUUUUCCUGUCGCUUGUCGUCGUCGCAUACCAAGCGUUUGUACCUUGGUCAUGGGAAAACUCACCGAUGAAUAUCAAUGGCAACGUCGCUGCCAUUUACCUCGGCGGAUUCCUACCCUCCCUUCUCAUCGUCUAUGUCAACAUAGUUGCUGGUUUCAUGCGUCCCAAUGAGGACCAGGAGCUUAUUCGACAACGACGGCGGCGUGGUGCAGAGCAUGAUGCUCAAUUACGCAUCACCAAGAAGCCCACUUGGUGGCGAAGGGUGAGGGGCGAGAUUCCGCCCCCUAACGAAACAAUGAGAGAACGCCUUACACGCAAUACUCGAGAAGUCGGCGGAAGGCGUAUUGACCCUGUCUUGGAGGCUGAGCUGGCAGCUGCUGGUCCCAGACCCGACCAGGCACAGCCCCUCAACCCUUCUACAGGGCCAAAUACGGUUGAGAUGGGCGCAAUGCAGAGGCCGAACAGUAAUGGCAGCAGCAACGGCAGCGAACUCCCCUCGCCUAAUCCUUCCAGGCCAAGGCCAGAUUUUGAGGCAUACGCGGGAAAGUCUGAUCGGCGGCGGAAUGAAAGGACCAUGGCUGCUGUUGCUGGAAUGCUUUUUCCCACUUCUGAUAAUGGUGCCGAUUAUGCCCGGAGGAGAGCCGAAUUGAUGAUGGACGGUCCUGCCCCGCCACCCUAUAGGGACAACGGCGAUGGUCGCCGUCAGCCCUCGGAGAGAAGCAACAGCGCCGCCUCAAUGGCUAGCCCUGCUCAGCAACCCAAGAGCAUGCUAGAUGUCUAGGGCUAUGGCUGAGAUGAAACCUAAUAUGGAUAUUCUAGUAUUCCUUGUUGUGAUUCUUAGGAUUUGUAUAAACAUAUACAUUUUUAGUCUUGAAUGUUUACGAUUAUGACAUGCAUUCUGUUAACGUGAACGGUGGAGAACUAGGCAGGGUAUGGGUGGAUCUAAGGCUCAGUCGAGUCAAAUUUCAUUUUGGAAGUUCCAGCUUCCAAGUUGAAUUGGAUAUAUGUGUCUGGACUCUUUUUGCAUGCGGUCUUUUAUAUUCUGUCGCUUGGGAUCCAUAGGUAUAUGCCUCCAAAGAUAAGAACCUAAAAUAAGCGAACUGUUGCAUUACAUAUUAUCGGAUAGAUGUCAGCAUCUUCACAGCCUAUAGUACGUGCCAAAG